CGAGAGUAGACCGACUGGCGACGAUGGUAUAUGAAGGCUGGUGGUGUCCGGGUUGCAUGGCUCGAAGACGGCACCCAAUUCUUUUUAUCUACGACGCAGUUUCCAGAGACUCGCGACCUGCCGCUGUUCCCCCCCUCAGCUUCAUCCAACAUUGAGCAAGGAAAGAGUCGGCCAGAGAGGUUCUAUGUCCUCAUACAGUAGCCUGUUAUCACGAAGCGCCCCGGCAGAUACAUCCAUAUCUAUCUAGGUUGAUUGUGUCCAUGACGCCCCAUUGACGGCGCGAUAUCCACACUUGCUGCAGCUACACCGAAGACAGUCCACAACACCAGGCACAUCAGACCCCACAUAUUGGCCGCGAUGGAACUUAAGCUCCUCCUGACCCUUGGCCUCGCCGUCGUGCCCGCCGCCGCCGCCGAGACCGUCCUGGGCAUCUACGUCUUCCACCGCCACGGCGACCGCACCGCCAAGAAGACGCCUCCCGUCCGCUUCACCGACCUCGGUGCCCACGAGGUUUACACCUCGGGCCUGCACUACGGCGAGCGCUACGUCCGCGACGGUGCUGCCGCCCGCAUCCGCUCCAUCAGCGCGGACGAUGUCCUCCCCGAGCAGCUCGCCGUCACUUCUCCGAGCGAUGUAGUCCUGCAGUCCUCGGCCAACGCCUUCCUCCAGGGCUUCUACCCGCCCACUGGCGCUGCCGCCGCCCUCGCCAACGGCUCCUCCGUCGAGGCGCCCCUCGGCGGUUACCAGUACGUCCCCGUCAGCGCCGUCGCCACUGCCGCCACCAGCACCGACGCCGAGAGCAGCGAGUGGCUCCAGGGCGGCAGCGGCUGCGGCAAGGCCGUCGUCAGCUCCAACAACUACUUUGCCUCACCCGAGUACGCCGCCCUCGACGUCGAGUCCCGCUCCUUCUAUCAGAGCCUGCUGCCCGUCAUCAACGCCACUUUCAACGACAAGGCCGCUACCUUUGAGAACGCUUACACCAUCUUCGACCUCAUCAACGUCGCCUCCAUCCACAACGAGUCCAUCCCCGCCGCGGACUUGCUCACAAACAGCACCAUCCGCACCCUGACAGACUAUGCCAACAUCCACGAGUGGAACCUUGCCUACAACGAGUCCGACCCCAUCCGCGCCGUCGCGGGCAAGGUCCUUGCCGGUCAGGUUCUGCAGGGCCUCAACGCGACCCUGCAAAACGCCGCCAAGUCGGGCUCCGUCAAGGCCAACAUCCAAUUCGGCGCCUACGCCACUUUCUCGUCCUUCUUCGGCCUCGCCCGCCUGCACGACGUCUCGGACGACUUCAAGUCCGUCGUCGACUACGCCUCGUCCAUGGUCUUCGAGCUUGUCACCAACGUCACCUCCGACGGCGUUCCUGCCGCUGACGAUGUCUCUGUCCGCUUCCGCUUCGCCAAUGGCUCCUCCGGCACAAACCCGCUGACGGCUUACCCGCUCUUUGGACGCGCCGAGACCAUCCUGCCCUGGGCCACCUUCGCCGAUGAGAUGCGCCGCUUCGCCAUCCAGGACACCAAGGAGUGGUGCACCGCGUGCGGAAACUCUACCGGCACCUGCGCCACGGCCCUGGGUCUGGACGGCACCGCCGACUCAAACGGUUCCGGUUCCGGGUCCGGUGGCGGUAGCGGCAGCGGUAGCGGUAUCUCGACGCCUGUUGCUGGUGUUAUUGGCGCCCUUGUGACUUUGGUCGUAAUUCUGGGCAUCCAGGGUCUGGUCAUGCUUGUAGGCGGCUUGCGCAUGGUCAAAAAAUCCAAGAUAGCCAAGGAUAUCUCCGCUGUUUCCGCCGUUGAGGAGACUACUGGUCGCAAACACUAGACCGUUUGCUCUGGAGAACGGGUCUUUGGGUUCGUGACACAAAUAGAUGCGUGAGGUGGAGGAGUAAUGAGAUGUGAAGAAUGUAUGGGAGGGAUGAUGGCCUCCGCCGGCACGAGGAUGUACCUAAUGAGAGAUUGAUACCACCACAUGAGCAUGAAUGGGAUAUUUUCGCUGCUAUAGCGGAUAUGCCGGAGUCAUGGAACACGGCGAGUUGACUUUGGAAACGAACAAGAAGCGUCUGUUCUGUUGCAUGAAAAGUCUGACGUUUUAGCCCAAAUAUAUACUAACAGGGACGUACUGCCCUUUCUGC